AUGCGACAGCAGGGCAACGCCUUUGGCAGUCAAUUGUAUAGUAUCAGCUCCGGCGCGAAUAAGCCAAUGAUGCACCAUUUCAGUUCCUCGAGUAGUAUCUGGUAUAAACGCUCGCCUUUUGGUGGAACGUUGAGAUGA